AUGUCAUCAAGUAAAAACGACAAACCUAAUGUCAGCAAUGAGGAUGUCAUACACUUCAUAGACGACUAUAAGAAGAGAAGGAAGGCUCAGAUGACACGAUUCUUCGGAAUCACCAUUUUUACACUUAUAACAUGUAGAAUGGCCAUGAAGAAAAUGAUAACGACGAAAGUUCCAUUGAACACUUUUCAAACAAAUUACGCCAUCCGGAUGCAGACAGUAACGGGCACACAAAAGAGCCUUGCAAGUUCUCUCUUAGUGACUACUGGCAUGACCCUAGGUAUAUUUGGUAUGGGCAUCACAGGAACAUGUUGGAGCUGGGAUGUUUCAUCAUUCCAGGAUUUGAAGCAGCGUCUGGAAAGGCGUGCCAAUAACGAAUUUGUGGUGACGAAUAUGCCUCUCGAUAAAAGAAGCCAGCAAGUGGUGGACGCCUUAGUCAAGGCACAAAACCCAUCUCUUUGUAAUUAG